AGUACGGUAAGGUACCGCGUACUAGGUAGGUGUACGAGCCUGCAUACACAUUAGAAUGAUUUGAAACUUUGAAAUUUGAAUCAUACCGGGGAAGCUUUUUGGACUGUGGAUUUUGGAUCAGUGCUGAAAUUAUUGCGACUGUAUUCGACGAGCAGAUUAUUGGAUUCUGUUGAUUUCACGCCAGACUGGAAUAUUCUUUGAUAUUACAAACAUGCCUAAACGAAAAAUCACCCCGGUAACUCAAGAACCCUUGGAGCGAGCCAAACGGACGCGCUCCACAGUUGCAUCCGCUUCUGUACCGAAAAGUUCCCCGUUAAAAGCUCUCUCGCGCAAACCACGGGCUACCGAAGCGAUACAGCCUACCACUGCCGUGGCGCGACUGAAACAAUCCCCUCCGAAAAAGGCCACAAUCGAGAAAGCUAUUCGCAAAGCUCUACCAACUGGAAAACUCACGUUAGACACGAGCAGCAGCGGUCAUCUGUUCGUCCAUGGAACUAACGAUGCAGGACAGCUGUCCCUGGAGGAUCCUAUGGCAGCGCGACGAUAUCCAUUCCGAAUUCCCGCUGAUAAAUUUGGUGAUGAAAAAAUUGCCAAGGUAGUUUGCGGGGAACUGCAUAGUUUGGCUGUAAGCGAAACUGGGAAAGUGUUCUCAUGGGGAUGCAACGACGAAGGGGCCUUAGGAACUGGAAAAGAUGACGAAGAAAAUUAUGAACCAAAAGAGGUGAAGGGAAUUGACGGCAAAAUUGUUAGUGUUUCCGCUGGUGAUUCGCAUACGGCUUUCCUGACUGAAGAUGGGAAAAUAUAUUUAACUGGCACAAUGCGGGAUAGCAGCGGUGCUUUUGGUUCGCGGAGCGACAGCAAAGAAACCUGUGAGUAUGUGCCGUUCUUGUAUCACGAUCCUCGUCGAACCGAUCUCCGCAACGAUCGCGCUGUGAAGAUCUCAUCCGGACAGAACCAUCUGGCGUAUUUAAGUGGUGGAGGUGAUGUAUACGCCAUUGGUGAUCACCAUAACGGGCAAUUAGGAUAUGUGCCGUCGUAUCGAGAUGACGGCGGUCGAAUGGGGAAGAGUUAUUUUCUAAACAAACGCAGAGUUUGCAAGUUUUCGGGACGAAGAAUGCUCAAGUUCGCUGAUGUUUGGUGUACACCAUAUGCGACAUUUGUGAAGAGUGCGACUGAAGAUCGCUGGUUUGCAUCGGGAAAUAAUGGCAGAAAUCAGCUUGGAUUUCCACAGAAGGAAUCAGAAGAUGGGAAAAAGCUUGAUAUUGAAACUGGAUGGGAAGAAAUUGAGGGAUUUCGCGAUAAAAGCAUCGUCAAAAUUGUAGGCACCGCCAUUCAGACCAUAGCGCUGUCUUCCGAUGGCAAACUGUAUGUCUGUGGUGACAAAGAGUAUUUGGGUUUGGCCGAUACUGCUCAGACGGGCCCCACCGACACUCCAGUUGCUCAUCCAUUCGCUAACAAGGUGCGGGACGUUAGUUGCUCAAGUAACAAUGCAGUAAUCUGCAUCACAGACACUGGAGACGUGUUUGUAUGGGGAUCUCCUGCCAGCUCGGUACUUGGACUGCCGAAGGAUGAUGAUGAUGCUGUAGCUGUGCAGCAGGCUAAAAGGAUACAAGAUGACGGUGGAGAACAGCAAAAAAGGAAGCCGUUCGAGGAUUUUAAGAUGUUGCAAGUGGCUGCUGGUGCGUUCCAUGUUUUAAUGAUCGGACAAUCGAAGGAAGCAGCGAGUAGUGUCGUGUAAGAGUCAGUAAAUGUUGUCUUAAUAUUCUAAUUUUGAGAAUUAUUUGUAGCAGCGGCUUUGUUAAUAAAUGCAAUUUUUUACUUUCAAACCGUUUCUGACUUUCUGUGUGCAUAACUGAGGCGAAAAAUGUUUUGCUUAAGAAAACUGAAUUGCUGAUGUAAAAUGUCGGAGUUUCAUGCGGUUACGAUGCAGUGAUGUUCUCGUUUUCAUUGUUCUAAUAAGUCUUCUGAUCCGUCGGUUCAGAAACUGCUGGUGCCACGCAGUUAACUUUUGGCAGUAUCAUGGUAGUGCUUGUAGGUGCAGAUUAGCAUUACAUACCGAAAAAAUGCUUGAAGUGGA